CAAAGAAAGUCCAGUAACACCAUAAUGGUUUCCAUGAACAAAUACAGGCAAUGUUGAAACUAUAAUGAACUAAAACCGACUUAAAUUAGCAAAAAACUUCAUUACAUAUCAAUCUGCUAUUAAACAACAAUAAUUUUCAGCAGAAGCCUUACCAGAACAUGUACUUGCUCCUUGUUUGAACAUGGUCCACUGUGAUGAGGUGAGAGCCCACUCAAGUUUAUACCAAAUCCCACCCCUCUUAAUGCUGAGAAUUAGGUCCCUCCGAUACAUACAACCACUACAUCUCAUCAGCUCCACUACUUAAUAGUGUUGAACCUCUCCUCAAUGCCCUCCGACCUAUAUAUACAUAGCCACACCACACUCCUUUCUCCAACACAAAACACAUUCAUUCACUUGCAGAGUGUUCUUUCACAACCCAAAAAUGGCCAAGCCUUCCGACCUCAACAAGGCCACAAUUUGCCUCCUUUUGCUGCUAUCAAUCGCUGUUGGACUUACUAGCUCAGCCAGAAUACUGGACGAAGUGGACCCACAACCCCAACCACUGCUCAAUCCCACAGCGACAACUCUGCCUAGCGGGCAGACCCCUGCUGUGACCCCCACAGCCACGGAUGAUGAAGACACUGUAGACCCACCAAUCCCCGAACCAGAGGCUUCAGCUACCGUGGCAGCACCAGUAGUCCCUCCUGCCACAACUGCAGGAACCACCACUAGUGCUACUGCAGCAAAUCCUGGCCCAGAUGAGGUGGCGGCACCGGCAGCUGAUGAAGCACCUGAAGCCGCUCCCGUUGCAAUAGCAGCUCCUGUCACAGGUGCAGGAACCACCGCAACUAGCGCCACCGCGGCGAACACUGGCCCACAUGAACCUCACUUGAGCUUCUUCAUGCAUGACAUCCUCGGAGGGAGCCACCCAUCAGCCAGAGUAGUCACCGGGAUCAUCGCCAGUUCGGAAAUCAACGGCAUCCCUUUCUCCAAACCCAACAACAAUCUCUUCCCACUCACAGGUGGGACGCCCCUACUUAACUCUGACAGCCUCGACAACCUCAUCAACACCAACAACCUCCCACUCGUCGCCGGCCUAAACGGCGCGCAGCAGAGCAGCACAGUAAUCCAAACCACAGGAAGCAGAGACAACACUGUCAACAGUAACAACCAACCCUUCGUCACCGCCGGGAACCUUCCUUCGGGUUCAACCCUCCAAACCCUAAUGUUCGGUUCAAUUACGGUGAUCGACGAUCAAUUGACGGAAGGGCAUGAAUUGGGUUCUGCCGUGAUUGGGAAGGCACAGGGGUUUUACAUGGCUAGUUCAUUGGAUGGUACUAGCCAAACUAUUGCUUUGACUACUCUGUUUCACGGCGACCAUGAACAUGAACAUGACUUGGAGGAUACAAUUAGCUUUUUCGGGGUUCAUAGGAUGGCGUCGCUGGGAUCGCAGAUUGCCAUUGUUGGUGGAACUGGGAAGUAUGAGAAUGCGAGAGGGUAUGCGACUGUGGCGACUCUUCAUCACGAGGAUCAGCACACUACUGAUGGUGUGGACACCAUUUUGGAGUUCAGUGUUUAUCUCACUGAGUAGGGGGUUCUUGUUGUGUUGAUUGAUUAAGACGAAAAACAAAGAUGGGUUGUUUGUAUGGGGAAGUUUCGAUGUCCAUUGACUGCAUUUGGCUUUUAAGGAUUUAAAUUGAAUGAAAACUCUG